AUGAAGCUCUCCAGUGUGGUCUUCCUCUUCCUGUACGUGGUGUUUGGUCUAGCCAACAACGUCGGGGUCAUCAUGAUGGGCAAGCGCAUGGAGCCAUACGCGGAGUUCUUGCUGUACGGCACUACAAUGAUGUACACAGUGUGCUUUGCCAUUUUGGCCGUCAUCCGCCGUGAAUCGUGGGCACUCUCCAAACAGCAUCACAUUAACUUUGCCUGGCUCGGUCUUUGGACUUCAGUUAACGGCGUUUUGGCCCAGUUUGCCAUCCCAUUUGUAUCCGCGGAGCUCACAAACAUUCUUGUGACGCUCUCUAUCCCCUGUACGUGGGUCUCCGCGUGGUACAUGUUCCGGUUUGAGGUGACUACAUUCCGGAUCUUAUGCUGUCUUGGUGUUGUUGCUGGGGUAUUGACCGGCCUUGUGCCCUCCCUCUUCUUUGGUAGCGGUGCAGGAGACAAAUCUGACAAUCCACCGUUUUGGGUUGUUGUCACUGUGUUGAGCGCCAUUCCCACAGCAUUUGAGACGACUUACCAGGAGCGGGCCUUUAAGACACUGAAAGCACCACUGUUCGUGUGUCUGACAGUGUACAACUUCUACAGCCUCGUGGUUUACUUUGUGACUUGCCCUCUGUUGAUGGUCAACGUGCUUCGCCCUUCAAAUGCGAAACACGGCCUGACUUGGCAAGGCGUGUGGGAGAAUCAAGCCCUUGCAUUUCGUUGUUAUUUUGGUGGCGAGUUCGAACCGGAAGUUGAUGGCUGUGAACACGGAGCUAUUUUGUGGACGACUGUCUUCACGAUUGGCUACGUGGGAAUGUUUGGAUUUGGAGCACUCCUUCUACGAGACGAAUCAUCGGCCUUGAUUGCCAAUCUUAACGCGCUCCUCAUCCCUCUUGGUGCGAUGGUCUUCUGGAGCAAAACCAUUUGUGGAAACGCUUCGCAAGAACCUGUCUGCGAAGCCUAUCAAAACAAAGCAGACGCAGCCAGCACCCGCUCGUGUAGCAUCCACGAGAACAUCAUGGCAUCACCACGCUUUACACUCAACAUCAUGUUUUCCAAACACCAUCCGGAGGAGUGA